GAUCUUUUUACGACACUGCAUCAUACGGCAAAACAUGGCGCUGCGCAGAGCUUAGGAAUGAGACAACUGACAGGCGUUAAAGGGAAGACAGUUCGCUUUCUUUCUCUGCUUUGAGGUCCAUACAGCAGCUCUCCGCUUAGCUAAGACUCGAUUAACAGUUAGAGAAUAACAGCACAGUGUGAAGUGAAGCGAAAUGGCGGCGCAGGGAGGCAUCGUGUUCCAGCAGAAGGUCAGCAAGCUGCUAAGCAGACACGAAGGGAAGAAACCAGUCCUGAAACCCAACAGAGCUCUGUCUCUGAAAGAUGCUGUAGCUAACCGCAAACCCAACAAAGGAGAGGCCACUUGUAUCACAGAGAUGUCCGUCCUGAUGGCCUGUUGGAAGCAAAACAACUUUGUGGACAGUCUGUGCUAUAAUGAGAUGAACACCUUCUUCACCUGUGUCAAGACAGCUCGGGCUGCUAUGAAGAAUAAAGACCAGACCAGCCUUCAGGGUGGACAAUUGCACCCAAAACAAGCCACAACCCUGCUGAAGAGAUUUCCCAACCUGCGCACUGAGAUCUAGGAAUGAAACCUCAUAAUGCAUAACCUAGACAGACUUGAAAUGUGUAGGUUAAACAGAGACAUUGGGCUGAGUUCUGAACUGGAUUUAAUCAUGUGAAGGUGUUGUCUAGAAUUGCCAGCUAUUGUAUGAUUCAACAAUGGGAUACCAUACACAUGUUUUACAUAAAUAAAGGACAGAGGCAGAGA